GGUCUCCAACUCCGACUGCAAGCUGAGCUGAGCCGAGCCAGCCGGCCAUGGCGGAAUCUGCGGUGGCCUCGGUGGUGCGCGCGUUCGGUACGCUGGCCGCCGAAGAGGCCGCCUUCCUCCGCGGCGUCCACGCCGACGCCGACCUUCUCAGGGCCGAGCUCCGCCGCAUGCAGUGCUUCCUCCGCGACGCCGACGCCAGGCGCCGGGCCGGGGGCCGAGACGGCGCGCGCCUCACCAACUGGGUCGUGGACGUGCGCGCCGCGGCCUACGACGCGGAGAACGCGCUCGGGGAGGCCGACUACCUCGCGCGCCGCCGCCGCCUGCGGCUCGGGUUCUCGGGCGCCCUUGUGUGGUGCGCCGAUGUCGCCGCGCUUCACACGUUCGGCGUGAACAUCAGGCGCGUCCGGGCCAGGAUCCGUGAGAUCUCCGACGGCGCCGUGGCCUACGGGAUCGCCGACCUUUGGGAGGACACCGCCGUCCCAGCUGACCUCCAUGAGCAAGAGGAGGUGAUCCCUUAUGACCUCAGCUGGAACAGUGCAGAUAGUAAUUUGGUUGUUGGAUUUCAUGAGGAGAGGAAUAAUAUUUUCAGAGAGUUGAUGAAUCAUAAGAUUUGUCAUAUUUGUGUUGUCUCCAUAGUUGGGAUGGCUGGAUCUGGCAAAUCCACGCUUGCAAGGAAAAUUUACAACGACCCACGUGUUAAACAACAUUUUCAUUCCUGGAGUUGGAUUUCAGUGUCUGAGAAGUACAGCUUUCUUGAUCUGAUCAAGGAUAUUGCUAGGAGGAUCAUGGGUAUCACAAGGAAAAAUAUAGUUAAAGAGGAGAAGGGGGACCAGGACGGAGAGGGAACAAUCAGUGAUGGUGACACAAACAUUGCUGGCAGGUUGAAGGAGGUAGCCAUUGAGGAAUUGGAAAAUAUGGGCGAGGAGGAUGUCAAGGAACUUCUGCGUGAGUUCCUCGCUCAUAGAAGAUUUCUUGUAGUGUUGGAUGAUGUCUGGAAGAGUAAUUCUUACAGUAAGAUAAAUAGGAUCCUCGGUGUCUUGCCGGAUGUGAACAAUGGUAGUAGAAUCAUUUUGACCACCCGGGAUAUGGAUGUCCCAAAGCAUGUCGCUAGGAUGAAAAGCAUUCAUGAGAAGAAGCUUUUGAACGAGAGGGAGAGCUGGGAGUUGCUUGAGAAGAUGUCCUUUCCAGAGUAUCAAAAUGUAAGCAGUGCUAAUCGAUCACAGUUGAUGCCGAUAGGAAAGAAAUUGGCAGUGAAAUGCAAAGGGUUGCCGCUUGCUCUUGUGGUCUUGGGAGGUUAUCUUUCAAGGAACUUGGACUAUGACAUUUGGUCAGGAUUGGUUGAUAAUCUAGACUGGGAAGCUCGCAUGAAUGACGAGCCAGUCUGGAACAUCAUAGCUAAAAGUUACAAUGACCUUCCUAAUCACCAACUGAAAUCAUGCUUUCUUUAUGUAGCCUCCUUUCCAGAGGACCAUGUCAUCCGCGUAGCAAAACUUUGCAAGCUGAUGAUAUCUGAAGGAUUUAUUCCACAUCGGCUGAAUCGGACAAUGGAAGAUACAGCAAGAGAAUAUAUAAAGGAGUUGGCACAGAGAUGUAUGCUCCAAACUGUUGAAAGGAGCAAGUGGCAUGGCUCAAUAAAGAGUGUAGUUCUCCACGAUGUGCUUCGUGAAUGGGGUAUUGCAGAGGCAAGGAGGGAGGGAUUAUUCAAUAUUUGGAGUAAUCCGACCGAUUCUGAGGCACCCUCCGAUUCGAUAACGGCUUACCGAAUUGCUCUCCAUAACUUUGCUGGAUGUACUGAGAUUAAUGUAGCCAUGCCAAAGCUCCGCACCUUGUUAGUGUUUUUCAAGUUACCAGCAGUAUCACUACUGUGCAGGGUGAAAUGUCUCAGAGUACUGGAUCUUUAUGGCCUAAAAGAACUCAAGUCAAUACCAUCUGGCAUUGGCAACUUGAUACAUCUAAGAUAUUUAGGAUUAGAAAAAUGUGGCAGUGGAUCGGUUGGUAUUCCUUCCUCAGCUAGCGAUCUCUUGAACUUGCAAACUCUGGAUGCAAGAGGGUCAACAGUAAAAUCACUACCGCGGCUCUUUUGGAAUAUUCCAACCUUGAGGCACCUGUUUCUUAGCGAGGUCAAUCACUGGGUUCCUCCGGAGGUUAGAUGCCUUGGCUCGUUGCAGACUUUGUACUUGUGUGAAGUAUCUAUGUUUUGUGAUGUCAAGAGCUAUGUUUCACACAAGCAACGCAGCAGGGCUAGAAGUGCAAACUAUUCUAUUGCUCGCAGAAACGAGAAAAUAUGGGCUGCCUUCUUAAGAUCUUUGGAGCAAAUGGAGCAGGCCGUGCUCAUACACUUGGAGAGUUGGGAAGUUACUGGUAGAAGGCAACUGUUUGAGAGCAGAAUACGAGGGCAGGUCUUCUCUGCGCAACUCAUCAGUAGCAUUUCACGCCACAGGCAUCUUCAAGUGCUAGAACUGGCUGGAAGGUGGAAGCACGGGGAUAGCCAGCUAAGCAAGCUCCCUCAUGGCCUCAAAAAGCUCAAGCUGAUAGGUUCUGAACUGAGUGAAGACCCAAUGCCUGUGCUGGGCGUCCUUCCGAAUCUGGUGGUGCUUGUCUUGGAAGACAACGCUUUCAAAUGGAACAGCAUGACAUGCAAUGCGGGAGGAUUUCCUAGGCUGCGCCGCCUGACAAUUGACGGCAUAAAAAGUGUUGAGUCUUGGAAUGUUGAAGCUGGGGCAUUUCCUUCACUAACUCAUCUGAAUCUUAUAUCGAGCUUCACUGGGAUGUCCCUUCCUCCUCUAGGACUGUUGCAUGCGACUUCACUUCAGACGUUGCUGUUGAAACGGUCCUCUUGGGAUGGGAACACUAUUUCCUCCAGUAAUGUUAGCAAACUAGAGGAGAGGGUGUGCGAGGUCAUCAUCAGACAGAUGGAUUAAUCAUUUCAAUCUAUCCUUGUCUAAGUACUGGGUUAGGGAACUUCAUUGUACUCUUUUCCUCCCAUAAUAACUCAUUCGAUACCUUUGCAGAAGAUCAAAUAGUUCAUAAUGGGCUCAUCCUUUUUGACCGGGCCUCAUGGUCUCAUCUUGAUUGAUGCAGCGUUUGUAAUGCCAGAAGAAGUACUACCUGCACACAAGAUCUUCAGACUUCUGUUAUGAAAUGAAAUGAGGGUACAGCAUUCCAAAUGAGAA